AUGGCACCGAACAACAAUCUGAGGUCCUUAAUCGCGCUGUUUGGGGAGAAGAAAAUCACAAAUAAGAGGCGAAGAAGAAAAGAAGAGCGAACCCUAAUUUCCGAUGAUGCCACUCAACAACAGUCUGAGAUCCAUAAUCGCUCAGGGUCGAAAAGAGCCGAAAGAAUUGUUUACGUCGGCGUUGAGUUUAAGAAUUUUGUGCCAUCGGUAAUGAACGGAUUUUAUGCUUUCUGUGCGUUGGAAACAAUCCAGGUAUUCGAAUAUCUUCGAACGAUGGAGAGAGAUCUGAGAGAACGUUUUCCCGAAGUGGAAGUACAGCAGGAUCCAUUGUUCGUUUCGUCGCCGCAACUACCUGCGGCUGCGGCAGACGCAGCUAUUUAUGUUCGUUUAGUUGCCGCAACUACCUGCGGCAAAACGCAACCGCCGGCGGUAACUAAACGAACAUGCUCAUUAUAAUCUGUGAUUGUGAACUUGUGAUGUUGCUUUGUGUUUCGUCUUUUGUUCGAUGUUGUGGGAAAAGAAACAAACUUAAUACUAUAAUCUAUGGUUGUGCUGAUGUUUGAUUUGUGUUGUGUGAAAUCAAACAGACCAAAACC